AUGCUGGCCGUACUAACCGGACUUCUGUCUCUUAUAGUUGCCGCAUACAAGACAGGCCUACCUCCAUCUUGGGCCCAGCCAGAUUCGAAAUCUACAGUCCACCGGACCCGUCGACCACCUCACGGCCAUCUGCGCAAGCGUCAUGGCAUGUACGAUGGACACGAAUUGCGGACGCCCAACACGAUCGUCCAUGGAGUGUGUCCGGUGAGGAGAUUCGAGGAGCAAAGGGCACCUACGCACCUGCUCUUCAACAUCUCCACUACUGCGACAUUGGAUCUCAGCCCUUUCCUGCCGGAGGCGCUGCAUAAUGGCAGCACGAUCCCGGUGCUGUUGGAUGUGUUGUCGGACUGCUCCUGGCUCGCUGCCACGGAUAUGGUGUGCAUUGACCCCGCUGCGCCUGAACUGGCGAAUACGUCCAGCACAAGCGAUGCGCCAGAUAAUGAUACUACACCAUUGGACAAUUGCUUGCGCGGACCAGGAUACACUUCAGAUUAUGUCGCAGCGAUCCUCAGGGACGUCAAUGCAACGGAUGGCAGCGGCCAGGAGCAGAAGUGUACGCACUAUCUUUCGGGCGACGUGACGGGCUCGGUCAAGAGUGUGGCGCUGCAGCUGGAUUCGGCCUUGCAAAUUUCUCCCGUAAGUAUCGACUCAAAUGCGGGCGACGAGCUCGAGAAAGAAAUGUCGGCAUUGGCUGUCGACAUGAUCCUCGCCAGGACCUUUUCGGCGCCCUCCCCGUUGGGCUUCAUUGACUUCCAGCACUACUAUGGUGCAGGUAGCGGUGUGCUUGGGCUUGGGACAGAUCAGCUUCAGGCUGGUAAUAGGUCGGCCCCGGUGUCCUUUCGAGGCUCAAAGUCGCACGUCCAGUCGAGCAAUAGGGACUUCUUGGGAGAUAUACUGUCUACUCCAGCCUGGCAGGCGGACAACUCGUCUCGAGCCAUAGUCGGAUUGGCACUGCCCAGAGACGGUGAUGUCGGAAGCUUCACUGUUGGGGCGUCGGUGCGCAAUACUACGAAUGCAAACGAUAUCGCGGACGGAGGUGUCAUCAGCAUGCUGCCUGCUGGGUCUGGACCUGCCUUCCGAGCUGUCAACUCCUGGACCCUGAAGGAUGAUCUCAGGCACUUACAAUGGAGCUUCCCAAGCGUGAGCGUAAGUGUCGCCGCGAACGAGACGCAGCCAGUGGCAUUGAGAAGGUCUCUCGACUCCGCCAGAAGACUGAAGGUCGCAUCCGAGCUCGAUGGCGAUGAGCUAAAGCAUCAUCGACGCGAUCUCCAAGGCGGCGAGCGGUACUUUAUCGAUACCGCUUUGCCCGUCAUUUGGACCACGGACGCCGUGGCAGCGUUCGUGGCAAAUCUGUUCGAUCCUCCUGGUUGGAUCGAUGGGCCAACAGCCAGCGCUAUGCAGCAGCCCGGCACAUACCGUAUCCCUUGCGAUGCUACGCCACCAUCCUCAGUUGCGAUCAUGCUUACUGACGGAAAGCGAUAUGUCUCGGUGCCGAUGUAUCCAAGCGAUUUGAUUGUACCCAUGCGCCUACGAAACACCGACAACGGCGAAUUUACGAACUCAUGUAUGAGUGCUUUUCAGAGCGGUGACUGGCAGCUUUCUGUUUCGGAUGGGACCGGCCCAGUCCGUCGACACAAUGGAACCGAUGGGGACGUGACAUUGAGAAGGCUGGGCUGGCCGUUCCUUCGUAACGUGUUGCUGGACUUCGACUUUGAGAAAGCGGAAGUCGGUGUUUCGGUGCGGAAAUGGCCCAACGGCGAAGAUGGGGCUAGUAACAAGACAGGCGUGAGCACGACGACUCUUGAUGGACCAACGACGUUCACCACCAGUACGACGCCCACCUCGAGCGGUACCAGCAGCAGCAAUUUGAACGUCACCGACAGUACUGGGUCAUCAAGCUUGUCAGCUAGUUCUGCUGCCACCGUAUCCGCGCCAGGUGGUUCCAGAGUGACAACGUCGACGGACGCCUCAUCGAUGUCCCCGCUGUCUUCCGUGGGGAUAACAUCCACGACUACAUCGGCCACAGCUACAAUCAUGCCGAUCCCACCCAUCAGUUUUCCGAGUACAGACUUCACUCACACGACGGUAACAGACACCUCGGCCUCGGUUUCCAGCCAGUCCUCCACCGCCGUCUCGUCCACCUCAUUUGUGUCUCCCUCUCCUCCGCCAUCCACAGCUUCGUCCGCGACCCCAUCAGAUCCGUCGACCACUUCUCCGACAACACCCACACCCACAAGCGCACCCACCGAGCAGCCUCUACUUCCACCCUCCUUCCCUCCAACGUCAGACGUCCAUACUAUUCCCGCUUCCACAUUCGACUCCGCGUCUUCAACCACACCUCCAACCCUUGAGCCACCGCACCCACCGCUCUCCUUCCCACCAGCAUCAUACACCCACACCACAACGCUCACCACCACCUAUCACGACCCGUUCUUCACGCCACAGUCACAACCUCAGUCACAGGCCGGUCCUAUCGUCGUGCCCGUUGAGCCGUCGUCGGGUGGUCCUGUUGUCGUGCCCCUUCCUCCAUCAUUCAGUGGAGCUGCAACUGGCGAUCUGAGUCCUCCUGCGGGGAUGGAACGUACGGCCGAGGCAGGCGGGGGAUAG